AUGGCUCAAGGCCAGCUCGCUUCAAUACCACCAAUGGCAAAUGGGGUGUCGCUGGGUCUUUCCAAGGAUGAGCUUCACCACAUCCAGCAGUACGAGAGAAUUGUGCAGUUUCGCGAUGCAGUCCUUGCUGGGUCACAUCCCAAAAUCAAGGUGCCAAACCUGUCGGCAUCACAAGCAUCUGCCACUGCAGUAGCAUCGCCUUCAAAUGCCUUUACAGCAGCAAAGGAAACAACGGGGAGCACAGCGCAGGGAUAUCAAGUUGGAAAUCUGCAGUCGUUGGCGUCCAACACGCAACAACACGCGUCUCUUCCUGGCCUGGGAAACCCGCCACCCGCUAACGCGAACUUGCCUGCAAGGCCGUUCGUUGGUGCUGGCAACACGGAGAUCAAUCCCAUCUUCCUCCAGAAAUCUGAUGACCUAAUCAAGGCCGAGAUCCAGCUCCAGAGGCAGCGUCUUGAGCGAGCGCUGCGUGAUGAGGUCGAUCAACGCCGGGCCUCUAUGAAGGCUUCGGCGCAGUCGGAGCCUCUUGCCGACUUCGACCUCUCCGACGUCUUGUCCAAGGCUCUGACUCUGGUCCAGGCUGCUUCUUCUUCAUCUGCCAAUGCUCUGGCUGCUGCUAACACUUCAGCUGCAAGUGACUCUUUUGAUGAGAACUCCUACUACUCCUCCCAACACAACUCACCCGACUCCUCGCUCCCCAGUUCGCGCGCAGGUAACGACGCCAAUGCUGCUGCCCAGGCAUACAAGCCGUCCGCUGCCAACCGGCCACUCGAAGGUCAGGCGCAGGUACAAGCAAACCAAAGAGCCCAAGCUGGCCUGCCCUCUUCGCUUUCCCAUGCGUCUGCUACUCAUCAGCCACAGGGUCAAGCUUCGAACUCUACGCCGUCCCAGACACGGCCGAUCCCAGGCAGAACCGACGCCGCGCACGGAUACUCUCGAUACCCGUCGGUAGGAACGACGCAGAGAAUGGAAGGAGGUGAAAAUACCGGCGCGUCUACAUCAGGAGGUGGGAGCGGAAAUGCCAGUCGAUCUGAGGAGUCAGGCGUUAUGGAUCUUGACGACAGUGCUGAUAGAUCUGUUCCCGCUGCAGGUCAACAGCAACUUAGAGAGUCUAUGCUUGCCCGCCAACCCUCGCCUCUGAUCCAGGUUCGCGCCCCGAACAUAUCCCCCUUGGCGCCCCAGCCUUCCCAUGUUUCGCCUCUGGCAAUGGCCAGAGGUCCAGCAGUCGAUGUCCAGGAUAUGACCAUCCCUCAGGGAACCACCGCUCAAGUUGCAGCAUUGCGCAAUGAACCCAAUACUAUUUCCAGUCCAGAUAGCUCGCCGCAAGGGGGACGGAAUGGUGAGAAACGAAAGGGCAAGAAAAAGAAGAACAACGCCAACAACAACGCGAGCAACAAGAGGUUAGCCAGGCAAGCGCCAGACGAGCCUUACAUCAAGCCAGAGCCGCGUUCGCCAUCCCCCAUGAGCGCGCCGUCUUUCAUUCGACCACAGAAGAGACUGAGAAGACAGGCUGACGAGGAGCCUCGUUAUGCCCAGCCCGAGCGUCAAUUCUCUCGAUCCUAUAGAGAGGAGGGUGCUGCGUCAAUGUACGAGCCUCAGGAGUAUCGCCCACGACCGAUGAGCCAAGUUGUAACGACUGGUGACUAUGGGUAUGGAAGGGAAUACGCGGAGGAGCCGCGCGUCGCAAGUGGUGCUGAAUAUGUCCGACGAGUGCAGUCACCAGGUGUCUACGCUGUCCACGUUGCUCCAAGUGAGAUAUACGCAACUUCCCCGGCAGCCAGUGUCGAUCGCUACGGUAGGGAGCCUACGCGGCAUUAUCGCGAUGGUUACGAAGUAACGCGCAUGAGCGCUCGUCCCAUGGCAGAUCGUGCGAGAUCUCGCUCCCCCGUCAUGAGAGAGAGAGCAUCCCCGCUGAUGGGACCACCCAAAGCACCGCCGGCGAGAGUCGUAGUUGACCCCGCCACCGGCCGACGAUACUACGAGCCGGCAAGCGUUAUUCGACAAUCGGUCGCGCCGCCGCCACUCCGACCGGGCGAGCCCGAGAUCAUCUACGAGAGGGCGCCGAUCCGAGCCGAGUCCAGGCGACCUGGGCCCAACCCUCGUGACGAUGACGUGCUCUACCAGCGUACCUCACCAAUGUACGCGGCGCCUCGCAGAGUCGUCACUCAGCCCGAGUAUGCUGUAUCGGAUCCCCAGCGCGUCUACAGACAACGGGAGUAUUCGACCAGACCGAUGGCGCCGCCAGGUGAAGAAUAUAUCCCGGCGAGAGGCGGUUUGGAGCAGCGAAGAAUCAUUGACGAGCCGCCGCGGGAAUACAUGAUGCGGGCAACGACAGCUCGACCGGCAGAGACAGUGCGGUACGAGCUUCCGCGGGAAUACGGAAGAGUGCAGAGCGUGAGGCCGGAACAGCUACCUAUCCAGGACUACGCCUCGGCACCGAUGCACCCAGAAGCCCGUCGGGAGGUCAUCCAGCCGGGUCCUAGAUCUUACAGUGUGAGGCCGGCGGAGCCUCAGGUGGUACGCCGGGAGUACAGCGUGCGACCGGUGGAGCAGCAGUACUAUGGGCAGCCGCUGCCGGCUCGCCCCGAGCCGGAGGUGUCAUACAUCGAACGGCCAAGAGUCGCCGCGCAGGAAAUUUAUUAUGCUGAUGAAGCACCGCGCUCGGUGUACCGUUGA